ACCCAAAAGCCAAACACUGAGAAGUGUCAUCUGCAGGCCUUUCAGCCUCACAAGGGACACCCUACCCUCCUCCAAAAAAAGGGUUAGAUAACCUUGUUAUUCAAGUUUGGAUGGAUGAAUCAACCAUACAAAGUCCACAUAAAUAUAUCUUGCGCUGAUUAACGAUGGCAAUAAAUUUGACUCGAUCACUUCUGGUAUUUUCCUCCUCCCCUACUAGUAAGUGCAGCCUUUUGGGUCUCUUCAUUUGUCUGGCAGCAACUUUAGUGGCUGUUUUGCUUUUGACCUGCUGGGUGUUUUCCCUCCCAUUUCUGUGAAUGCUGCUCCCUAUAAAAGAGGAAACAGCAGUAGGGUGGAUGAGGGUGAGCCAAGAACUCCUCUUCUUUCCUCAAACCCAGAGAAAUCUCCUCAAUUGUGGAAGCUAUGGGGCUGCUAUCACUGCUACUCCUUUCAUCCUUAAUGCUGCAAAAUGGCCAAGGGUUUUCAAGCUCCCAGGGAAAGCAAUUCAUCACGGCCUUCAUGGAGAAUUUUGAGACCAACAGGCCUUCUGAAACAAGCUUGAAGCUAUUUCUUGUGGGCCACGGCAAUGACACCAGGGUCUCCGUGACAGUGACCAAGUCUUCUUCCCGCCAGGUUUACUCUGUUCCAGGAGGUGAAACGGUGCCCGUGGAUCUCCCCGUGAGUUUGGAAAUGAAACACAGUGGCAUUUUUGCUCAUUCCGUUGUGAUUGAGGCUGAGCAUGACAUUUCAGUGGUCUCAUUUAACCGAAAAUUGUAUUCCGUUGCGAGCAUGACCCUCUACCCGGUCCAUGAACUUGGCGAUACCUAUUAUGUCAUCACACCUCCGGGCACCAUUACAGACAGUUACCGGAAAGAAUUGGCUGUCAUAGCUUGGAAGACUCCUACCCAAGUCACCAUCGAACCGCAAGGCAAAAUCAUCUUCAAGAGACAGUCAUACGCGGCAGGGAGUACCCUCACGGUAAGCCUCAAACCUUUCGAAGUUCUUCAGUUGCAAAGUGCGGAAGACUUGUCUGGCACCAGGAUUCAGUCCUCGGCUCCCGUGGCAGUCUUGAGUGGCCACGUCUGCGUUCAGGAAAAUUAUUACUGCGAUCACGUUGCGGAGCAACUUCUGCCCGUCUCCAAGUGGGGCCAGACCUUCAUCGUUCCUCCGGUGCCUCUACAGACCGGUUUCGAUAUUAUCUAUGUGGUGGCUUGUCAAAACACACGUGUUGUUUAUCAGUCAGGACAGGACAAAGGCUUUCAAGAUAUGGUGCCAGGAGAAAUCGCCCGGUUACCGCUCCAGUUAUCUCAAGCACUUUACAUCUCUGCCGAUGCUGGAAUCCAGGUGACUUAUUUUUUCACGGGGAUCAAGAUCAGGAACAUAGGAUACGAUCCCUUUCUCAUCAACGUCCCCGAUGUCGCCAGUUAUGGCCUGGCCUACCGAAUUGAUGGUCUCAGCAAGUUUGACAACCAUGUCCUUCUCAUAGCAAAAAGCUCCGAAACCGCUACCUGGGAUAAAUCUGUGGUGGCAGACAUUCAAUGGCAAUUGGUCCCUGGCUCAGAGUAUUCCUGGGGAGAAUAUAAUUGGAAAGCUGAUCUCAACCAACAUUCACUUUUCCUGGAGAAUCCUCAAACUGCCUUCGGGGUGUUGGCCUACGGAAACAAGAAUUAUGAAGGCUACGGUUUUGCUCCAUCACCUUUUGGCACGCUCGCUCCAGUUCCAGACCAGGUUCCUGUCCCAUUGACCUGCCCCGAGAACAGCCACUAUCUAUCCUGCGGAAAUGCCUGCCCAGCAACGUGUUCUGACCGAACUGCUCCAUCCAGAUGUGAAAACACCUGUGCAGAAGUCUGCCAAUGUGACGAAGGCUACCUCUUCAGUGGAGAGAAAUGUGUUCCCAGGGAGAGUUGCAACUGCACUUACAAAGGUGUGACCUACAGAGCAGGAGAGGAGUUUUGGGCUGACGAAAACUGCCAGUCCCGUUGCAGGUGUGAUAACAGAUUAGGCAAAACCAUGUGUGAGAAGUCUUCUUGCAAAGCCAAGACAAAAUGCAUUGUGGUGAAUGGUGUUCGUGGCUGUCACGCCACUACCUACAGUACCUGCAUUGCAUCAGGGAAUCUACAUUACCUUUCCUUUGAUGGAACCAAAUACGAUUUUGUGGGAAGCUGUGUGUAUCAGAUGGUGGGCGUCUGCUCCAAAAACCCAGCCCUCACCCCAUUUUUGGUCACGGUGGAGAACAACAACCGAGGCUAUAAGUCCGUGUCUUUUACCAAAGCGGUGACCUUGGAGGUCUACAACAUGACCAUCAGCCUGAGCAAAAGUGCCCAAGGUCGGAUUGAGGCCAAUGGCGUUUUAGUGGAUUUACCCUUUUCUUACGAAAAUAAGCUAACUGUCUCCCAGAGUGGGGUCUAUACCACCAUCAGAACCGAUUUUGAUCUAACAAUGAAUUAUGACUGGGACAGCCACACCAGGGUUGUCCUUCCCAGUACGUAUGCCAAUUCAGUCUGUGGACUCUGUGGCAAUGCCAACCGGAACCCUCAUGAUGAUUUUGACAUGCAGGAUGGAAGUCAAUCCAGUGAUGUAACACAAUUUGCAAACAGGUGGAAGGUGAAGGAUGUCCCUGGGUGUACUACAGGAUGCACCGGUAAAUGCCAAAGAUGCACUGAGGCUGAGAAACGAACCUACCAAGUUGAACGUUACUGUGGGAUCCUCACCAAAAGCAAUGGGCCGUUUGCACUAUGUCACAGGACAAUUAGCCCAACAAAGUUCUUUGAAGAUUGUGUCGUUGACACCUGCACAUACAAGGGACAUCCAGGUGUUUUUUGUGGGGCCAUCGCUACUUAUGCAAGAACCUGCCAAGCUCAAAAUAUCCAAAUUAAGCAGUGGCGAUCCAACUCCUUUUGCAGUUUUUCCUGUCUACCUAAUUCCCACUAUGAAUUAUGUGGAAAUGGCUGUCCUUCCACUUGUCACGAUCUUGCCAAUUCCAACUCUUGUGACACUCCAUGCGUUGAAGGCUGUGUCUGUGACUCUGGAUUCGUCCUCAGUGGGGAUGAGUGUGUCCCUCUUACUGAGUGUGGCUGUGUCUACGAGGGCAGAUACUACAAAAAGGGAGCAGAGUUCUACUCUACAAACACUUGUCAGGAGAAGUGUCGUUGUGUGGAUGUCGGUGUUGUUGACUGCCAUCAGUUUUCCUGUGGGAGUUAUGAGGAGUGCAGGGUGGAGAAUGGCAUCCAGAACUGUUUCCCUGUCAGUUAUGGAACAGUGGUAACAUUUGGUGGAAACCAUUAUGUUACCUUAGAUGGGAACAGUUUUGAUUUUGCUGGCUCCGGCUCUUACAUCUUAACUCAAAUAACUGACAAAGAUACUCAAGAAGUCAUCUUUUCUGUGGUGGUGGAACAUGAGAAUGCUGAUAAUGGACCUUCAAUUGAAAUAACAUCAGUUGUUAUCUACCUACAUGGAAAUACUGUUGUCCUGGAGAGAGGAAAGAAAUGGCAAGCUAAGGCUGGAGAAAGCAUCUUUUCAACCAACUGCACCGGGAAAUGGACUUGUCAGGGUCUGGAUCAAAUCAACUAUGAGGAAACAGCAUGCCAGGAUGAAGAGAUCUGCAUUCUCCAAAAUGGUGUGCGUGGCUGUGAGCGCAGAGAAGGCCAGUGCAAAAUUUCCCGAGAGACCCAACUUGUUUCUUUCGAUGGAACUUCAGCAAGAUGGAACUUCUGCGGUGGGGUUUAUGAUGUGUCUUCUGUGUGUGAUGAGAGUGACCCCUCCUGGUUCAGGGUAUCUGUCAACAUCGGAAAGGACUGUGAAGGCAACCUGUCAGGGGUCAAGGCGGCUCAUGUUUACUUUGGAGAGGCUGCCAUUACUCUGAAAAAGGACAACCGGAUAUGGGUGAAUGGACGGUCAGUAAACCUGCCGUACAAAAUCUCCAAACGUCUGACUUUACUCAAGGAACAGAAUGGGAUUGUGAUUAACCGGGCUUCAGAUAUACAAGUUCAAUUUUCUCCUGAUGGUGAGGUAACUGUGAAAGUCAAGGAUAUUCCUCCAGAGAAGUUAUGUGGACCAUGUGGGAACUUCAAUGGAGACCCCACAGAUGACCAGAAAUUGCCAAAUGGGGAAUCUGCAAACGCUGCUGACGCUCUCUAUGCUUGGAAGGCCAAGGACUUUUAAAAGUGGAGGUGAACUUCUCAAGGGGGGACGCCUGGAAGCUAUAUUCCACGCUGCCACAUAGCCUGAGAAAGUGAGAGGGGGCUGAUUUAAAUUGAGUAGUUUUCAAUUUAAAUCAGUAGUAGACAAAAUAAAAUUCUUUUCUUAGUUCAAGGUUAUUAAGUGUGGCACAGCAAAGAAAAAGGAUCUUACACUGGGACAGAUUAUGAUUGGUCCAUGUAAUGCGAUGAUGGGAGAAAAGGGGAUGGAUUGUAGUUUGGGAAAUUGUGGGAAGCCCGAAAAAACAUUUAGAUUUGUGAUUCCACAGAUGUGCCAGAUGCUAUUCUAA